AUGUUCUUUGACGACAACGACGGGCCGCACGAGGGCUCGGAGGGAGAGCGGUCGCCGAGCAGUGGGGCUUCGAGUGUGGGCGAGGUGCCGCUGCCGCCGUUGCCCCCGCCAACGCCGCCGUCAAGCAUCAACGGCAUGGCCACGGAGGAGAUCUACAGCAUCAUCAAGGAGCUGCGUCGACAGAUCGACGAUCCCGCGACUCACCAGGGCAUCAGGGCGAUGCUGAAGAAGGAGCCGGCGGUGUUGUUGGCCGUUGCCCGCGUGCUACACGAGUCGGCGCUGCUGCGGCGCACCGUCGUGAAUGUCGAUGGCCAGUUGGAGGAGCAGCUGGUGCCCCUUCCGGAGGCCUCUCCCCCGCCAUUGCCGUCAGGGUACCGCAGUUGGGCAUGA